UCAUAUGAUGAGAGAAGCGUUUGUCAGAUGAAAAAGUGUAUCAUGUGUGAAUGAUUAUAAAAUUUAUCCAUUUUAUUGGAUCUAAAAAUUUUUAGAUAACAAAAUGAGUCGUGUAAGGAUAAAAAAUAUUCGAAUUAGUUGAAACGAGUGAAUAAAUUAAAAAAUGGCCGUAACAAAAGGAAUACUUGAAGGCCGAACCUCAAGUUGUUUACGAAAAUAUCGAAUAUUUUUCGUAAUUGUUAGUGCUAUAAUGUGUAUUCAAAUUUAUUUAGCAUAUUCAUUUUUUAUACUUGAUAAUCAAAAUGGAAGAUCAAUUCAACCAUCAGAAAUCUCAUCAACUUAUCAACAUAUUAAAAUGGAAGAUUCACUUCAACAAUCAAAACAAUUAAAGCUUCCACCAGAUAAAUCUAAUACGAAUAAUCAGUCAUCACAAAAUCGUACACCAAAAUUAAAAUUGGACAAAGAUACUUUGGGUUUUGUCCCAGCUUGUGAAAUAACUGGCAAAGAAUCAAUUAGUGCUGUUACAAGAGCUCGUACUCAAAUUUGUAAAGAAUCAAUCGUUAAUAUUUCAUGUUUAAAUCAAUAUGGAAAUUUAUAUCCUGAGCGACUUUACUCAUUAUGCCCACAUUCAAAAGGUUUUAUUAAAAAACCCACCAGUUUAGGAUGUUUUCAAGAUGAUAAAAUUAAUAGAAUACUUGGGGAUUAUUAUGCAGUUUUUAAAUCAACGAAUUCUCCAAAGGACUGUGCCUUUUUAUGUUUGCAGUCAGGAUAUCCAUAUGCAGGAACAGAGUAUUCAAUAGAGUGCUUUUGUGGAUCAGAAGAACCAUCAGCUCUUAAACGCCUACCAGACUCUCACUGCAACAUGAAAUGUCCUGGUAAUAGGACUCAAUUUUGUGGUGGUUAUUUAAGAAUUAGUGUCUGGCACACGGGUAUUCAAAAGUUUAAAGCUCAAGAAGCUAGAAAUAUCAGUCUUAAAACUGAAAAAGAACCACCAAUAAGGAUAGCAUAUCUAUUGACAUUGAACGGUAGAGCUAGUAGACAAGUUAAACGGUUGAUUAACAUUCUUUAUGAUCCAUCUCACUUUUAUUAUAUUCACGUUGAUGCACGACAAGAUUAUAUGUAUCGCGAAAUGUUGAAAGUGGAGAAGGCAUGUAAAAGGAAGAAUAUAAUAGUAGCAAAAGGUGCUGGACUACGUCAUGCAAGUAUUUGGGGUGGUGCAAGUUUAUUAACAACAUUUCUUACUUCUGCUCAACAAAUGCUUCAAUACUUAGAUUGGGAUUUUUUAGUUAAUCUCUCAGAAUCAGAUUAUCCAAUUAAAACAAAUAAGCAGCUAAUAGAUUUUCUAACAUUGAAUAAAGGUUUGAAUUUUGUCAAAUCUCAUGGUAGAGAUGUACAAAAAUUUAUAUCAAAACAAGGUUUAGAUAAAACUUUUUUCGAGUGUGAAGCACGAAUGUGGCGAUUAGGUGAUCGCAAAUUAUCAAAAGGAAUACAGAUUGAUGGUGGUAGUGAUUGGGUUGCUUUAAGUCGUAAUUUUGUAGAGUAUGUAUCAAAUCCCAAACCUGAUGCACUUGUAUCAGGUCUUUUAAAAAUAUUUCAAUACACUUUACUGCCUGCUGAAUCAUUUUUUCAUACAGUUUUAAGAAAUUCGAAAUUCUGUGAUACUUAUGUGGAUAACAAUCUUCACGUAACUAAUUGGAAACGAAAAUUAGGAUGUAAAUGUCAGUAUAAAGCGAUUGUUGAUUGGUGCGGUUGCAGUCCAAAUGAUUUUAAAUUAGAUGACUUUAUUAGAAUAAAAAUGACAAAAGAUAAAAAUCUAUUUUUUGCCAGAAAAUUUGAACCAGUAAUUGAUCAGCGAAUAAUUGAUAAAGUUGAACAAUGGCUUUAUCCAGAAAGAGACAAUAACACUAGGAUAGCUAGUGAUAUGUACUGGCAGAAUAUAUAUCAUCAUGGUGAUUUAAGUCCAUUGAAUGAUGAUUUGGUACUCACUAUAUCCAAUUCACUUGCAAGAAUAGUAUUUUUUAAAUACUUUAAAACUGCAAGAAAUAUUCAAUUGCUUGAAACGACUGCUUAUUUUCGAGAAAAUAAACUUGAAGGUAUUUUAAUAUUAACAGAAGCUACCUUCAACAUUUCCAAAUCAAACUCAAGUUUAUAUGAUAUUAAUGUUAAACGUAUCGAAGCACUUAUUAAAUUUAAACGUCAUAUUUCAAUUAAUAAAAAAUGGUUGGAUAGAGUUGUUCAACUGUCUGUUAAUACAGAUUAUGAUAAAAAAGAACAAACAUUCCGUAAUUUUUUAAACGGAAUCGGUCCAUUAUCGAAUCCAGUCUUUUCUUAUGAAUUUAAUGAUGUGCUUAUUACUCCAAAGAACUUGACAGUACUUUGGAUUCAACCAAAUGGAUUUAUUGUUGAUAUUAAUCAUCUUGAAGUUGAGGAAACAUCUUUACUUGGAUCUGUAAAACCAUCACUUGAUGAACCACUCCAAAUAGGCGAAUGGCAUGUUGUAGUAUUAUCUAAUACAAUAUUUAUUGGCCAAAUGUCCUUUUUUGUAACACCACUACAAUAUUGGAAAAAUCGUAACAUUAGUUGGAUAAAAUCUAAAGAAUUAAAUCAUGGAUCCAAUAAAUUUAAACGUAGAUUUAGUGUAAAAUGGUAUGAAGAUGUUAUUAAAAAAAUCGGAAUUCAUCAACAAAACAAAGAAUUUGAAAUAAAAGUGAAAGAAAGAGUUGUUGAUGAACUUGAUGAAUGGGUUGAUGACAUUGUUAAGCAACAGUAUACUAUUGAACAAGUUUGCUCUGUGAAUCCAAUUUUAUUAAACACAGAACGAACAGAAAGUAUGCAAGAAUGUUCGCUAACUAAUUGGAGUUCUUUAAGUCCUGAUCCAAAGUCUGAAAUUGAUCAUUUAAGUGAAACAUAGUUGUAUACAGUAAAUUUUGUGCCAUUAUUUAUAUUUAAAAAAAUAUCAUAAUAGUCAUAAAACAUCACAGUCAUUGUUUAAUAAAAAUAACGUAAGAUCUAUAUGUGUGUACAUAUAUAUAUAUAUAUAUAAAUAUUACAAUUAUUAUAUGUUUAAUUCAUAUAAAAACAAAAAUUUGUCAUUUUUGUCUGAGUUUGUUUUUGAUGUAAUCAUUUUCGU